AUGUCACCCCAACUGAGAACUUCAGUCAUCAUCCUCACAGCUAUUGUUAAUAAUGUUCUGUAUACGAACGUUCCAAACAAUGUUAAGAGGAUAGCGAUAUGUUUCAAUGAUGAAAAAAUUGAUUGCAACCAAACUGAAUGGUCACUGAUGAAUCAUAAAGUGAUGAAUUAUGGACAACUUCCAGUAUUUUUUAAAGAAAUACCAAAGUCAAAAGGAACCUUCUACAAGAUCAAGCUAAUAUUCCCAGAUAACACCGAAGAAGAUUCAGAAUGGUACAAGACUACAAAUAGUGACAGCACCGCUCAAUAUGAUAUAUCGAUUAUACUGUUAAGCAUCAUAUUAGAGUUGAAUGGACAUCAAGCCGACGUUUCUGGUGAUUAUGGACAAGUUCAACGGACAAUUGCUGCAAAAAAUUACGCCACUUGUGAGUACGUGAUUUAG